AUGAUGUGGGUGCAAUGGUGGGAGCUGGACAGCUCUUUCCGUGAGGUGAACAACGUUGCAGUGAAGGUGUUCUGUAGUGUCUGCCUUCUGCGUCGUCCUUCACAUCCCUUCUUCCAGCCUGGCGCCAACAGCGACCGCACCGCGGUGUGCGGGGAGAGCGCCCAGAAACCCGCGGCGGGGCAGGGCGGGGCCGGGACGCUCCGCGGGGCUUUGCGGCUCUUCCUGGGCUGCGGAGGCUCCGGGGCAGCAGGUCGGGAGGCGGGAGCUGAGUGGCACAAGUGCAUUCUUGCUGCAAUUCCACAUGUAGAAAUUGGCCAUCAGACAACAUCGUUUUCCAGAGCCCACAUGGAGUCAGGAAACCCCUUCUGCAGUAGUGAGAUCUCCGACUUGUACAAUGAGGACAGAAACUUGCUGCGUAUUCGGGAGAAGGAGAGGCGGAAUCAGGAAGCUCUGCAGGAGAAAGACAGGUUCCUUGAGAAGACUCCCCUCUUUGCAGAACCCUACAAGACUAAUAAAGAAGAUGAGUUGUCAAGCCGAAUUCAGAACAUGCUGGGCAAUUAUGAGGAGGUCAAGGAGUUCAUCAGCAACAAAUCCCAUCAGAAUCUCAUAGGGAUUCCAAAAAAUGAUGCUCCUCUGAUCCCACAAGGAAUGCCCGAUUACCCAUUCUUCCCUGAAAAGACCAGCCAUAUGUUACCUUCUUCAUUCCACCGCACAACCUGCCAUCCACCCAUGGGACCUACAGUUGUAGCUCCUCCCCCUCCAAGCCACUCCAUUCACUACCAAAAGGCACAAACAAGAACAGAACCAGCUUCAGGUUUGCAUGCCAGGAGUCACAGCUUAGCCAAUGGUCGGAGUCAAGGUCAAGAACACAAUCGUGGUGGCCAGGAGAGUCACACAGGUUUUCAUCAGAGGAGAAAUGACAGGCAUGUGAUUGGUGAAGGUCGUGCUAAUGAACUGCAGGCCUCCCUUUUGGCUCUUUCUCCAUUGCUGUCAUCUUUGUCUUCUCCAGUGGCACCUCUGUCACCUCUACAUUCCAGCCAGCGUAUCAAUUCCAGGUCACAAAACAGCAGGAAAAGUCAUGGGCCGCCCUACAGUCAGACAAAAUCAUCCCAGGACCUCGUGACAGGAUCACCAGAGAAGGAAGGUCGGGACAGCUCAGCUCUUAACCUGACCAGCACUACUCAGCCUUCCUCUCAGACUUUUCCCCCACCUUUGCCAUCAAAAACCAGUGCAAUGCAGCAGAAACCUACUGCCUAUGUCAGACCAAUGGAUGGCCAGGAUCAGGCACCAGUUGAAUCCCCAGAGCUCAAACCUGUCCUGGAGGAAUACCGUGGAGAACCCUAUGAAAAAAUCUCUGAUUUGAAGGCAAAUGCCAAAGCCAAACUCUCCAAAUUGGAAAUCCCUUCGGAGCCCCUAGAGCAAACCUUCCCCAGUGAUGUCCACUCCAUUGAAGAAAUUUUGAAGGAAAUGACCCACUCCUGGCCACCUCCCCUGACAGCUAUUCAUACGCCUAGUACAGCAGAGCCUUCCAAAUUUCCGUUCCCAACAAAGGAAUCCCAGUACGUUGGAUCUGUAGCACAGAAUCACAAACAAUAUGAUGCACCUUCAAAACCGUUGCCUAGUUCUCAGCCAAGAACAUCAAUGCUCCAGGACGACCUGCAGCUCAGUGAUAGUGAAGAGAGUGGUGACGACCAAGUUGUUGAAAAGCCACCUUCUUCACUUGCUCCUCCAAGUGCCCUACAGUCCCAGCCCAAGAGUGUGGCAUCAGCACAUUCCAGCAGCCCGGAGUCUGGGAGCACCAGUGACUCAGACAGCUCUUCAGACUCAGAAACAGAGAGCAACUCUAGUGACAGUGAAGCAAACGACCUUCUGAGAGCUUCAGCACCUGAGCCUGACCCACCAACUUCCAAUAAGUGGCAGCUUGACAACUGGCUGACCAAGGUGAACCCACCAGCAGUACCACCAGAGAGCCUCAGCGAAAUUGCCCAUGGGGAUGGAUGUGAGGAGGGCAAGGAGCAGGGGCAGGGAAUCGGAAGCAGUUCCUCCCACCCGUGCGCUGAACCGAGGGAGCCUCAUCACAAGAGCUCCAGCCGGGCAGGCAGGGCUCCUCAGGAUGCUGCUCUUCACACCAAACACAGCUGCCACAAGUCCCCUGUGGGCACUGAGGAGCCCUCACCCAGGCAGACUGUAGGUAGCAAAAGGCCUAGCAAGGCCCCAGCACAUGAAGGGCCCAAGGGAGGCCUGAAGGUGGAGAGCGACCCCGGUCCUUUUCAGAUCAGAGACCAGUCUUCCAGAGACAAGCCAAAAGUGAAAACGAAAGGGAAGCCAAAAUCCAGUGAGAGAAAAGACCUGAAACCAGCACUGCAAGAGCCUCCUGAGAACAGAAAGCACAAGAGUUCCCACCAGGCCAACUCCAAACCCUUGGACCCCAAGCUCAUGAGAGAUGCUUUGUUUGGCAGUGGCCAGGAGCACCUCGCUCUCAGUCCCCUUCCUCAAGGCCAGGGGACAACCCCCACCAGGAGCAGCAGCCACAGGCCUGCCAUAGUAGGCAGAGAGGAUUUUCACAAGGAGAAGCUUCCUUUGCCUGUCAAUGAGAAGAAGCUGCUCUCACCAGUGAGGGACUCCCCCAUCCCUCAGUCCCUCAUGGUGAAAAUAGAUCUCCCUCUCCUGUCAAGAGUUCCCCAGCCCCCUGGGAAAGGCAGUCACCACAAGAGAGCAGUACCCAAGGAACUCUCCAGUGCAAGAAAGCAGGACUUGGAGAGGAAAACCACAGACACUCCUGACAAGUCCAUUCAGAAGAGGAAGAGGGAAGCAGAGAAAGAGAUGGAGAGGAAGAAAAUGAAAUCAGAAAAAGAACCUAAAUCAUUGCAAUCUUCAGCCAGCAAAGAUGCCAGUAAAUUGAAGACAUCAAAAGCUUCAUUUGAAACCCAGAAGAAAGAUCUCCUGCUACCCCCACCACUGCCACCCAUGUCUCCUGCACAUCCUGCACCAAAGUCAACCAAGAUGGCCCAGAAGAGACCCAAAAAUGAGAGCAGUGAGCUGCCUGCCAUGGAUAACACUGCCGAGAACAAGAGCAACCCCAGAGACCCUUUGUUCUCCAAGCACAAGAAAGUGGAGAGAAGUCACACUGAACUGUCCAAGGGCAUCAAAGGAUCUGCAGGGGAUGUCACAAAUCCUUUCCCAGUGCCUUCUUUGCCAAAUGGUACCUCCAAGCCAAGGAGACCUCAACUCAAGUUUGAAAAACAGCACCCAAUGGAAUACUACAUAGAAGAGGCCAAGAGGCUAAAGCACAAAGCUGAUGCAAUGGUUGACAAGACAGGAAAAGCCUUUCAGUACCUAGAUGCUGCCCUUUCUUUCAUUGAAUAUGGAAUUGCCUUGGAAUCGGAUGCGUCGGCACCAAAACCCGCCUACAGCAUCUUCAGCGACACCAUCGACCUCAUCAAAUUCAUCAUGACAUUGAAAUCCUUUACAGACUCCUCAGCAUCUUCACAGGAAAAAAGCUUUGCCGUGUUAUGCAUGCGCUGCCAGUCCAUCCUGCACAUGGCAAUGUUUCGUUACAAGAAAGACACUGCAAUCAAGUAUUCCAGGAUCCUGAAUGACCACUUCAAGAGUUCUUCCAGAGGAGCACAAGCACCUUCCCCGUGUGUGGCAAGAAGCACAGGCAUGCCUUCUCCUCUGUCUCCAAUGCCCUCUCCUGCUGGAUCUGUGAGUUCCCAGCCAGGAUCCAAUGCUGGCAACUGCAGUGGCAACAGCAUUUGCUCUUCAGUCACUGUACCCUGUAAUAUCCUAAGCAUGACCUCUUCCUACAUCAACAUCACUUCCUAUAUCCUCUAUGCAUAUGAUAUUUGGGAACAGGCUGAUGCACUAGCCAGGAAGAAUAAAGAGUUUUUUGCUGAGCUCAGCACAGUGACGUGCACUCUGGCACUCAACAGUAGCAUGACAGAACUGGUACACUACACUAGACAGGGUUUACAGUGGCUGAGACUGGAAACAAAUACGCCUUAA